AUGGCGGGUGAUGAUCAUCCAAAAUCAUCCGGUCUUGAAGACAAAGACGAUGGUGAUCCAUACUAUGAACCCUUCUCAGAAGAGGAACUCCAAAACCUUAUGUCAAAUCAAAACCCUAAUCUAAUGGACUUUGAUUUCACAGAAACUCCAGUCCCUCCUCUUCCUCCUCCUCCUCCCGUUACUAUACCAACCACGGAUAUAAUCGAAACCGGGAUGUUGAAUCAACUCUCACUUACAAUCCCUAACGGUGACACAGACGAUCUUCUUGUUACAUCUUUUGACGAUGAUAUUGACCUCUCUUGGGAAUUGUCAGAUAUACCACCUGAGUUUCUAUACGACAACAUUGACAGUAAUAUCCUAGGAGAUUUUGGUACUAAUGAUAAUAAUGUUGGUGGCACUAGUAGACUUGAAGUUAGUACUCGUGUUUUUGUUGAAAACGGUCCCAAUUUUGAAGCCGGUGGUUCUUCAUCAGCGCCUGUCGUGCCUAUUACACCAACAGUUUCCAACGGCAUACUCGUGUGCACUUGUUGCAACCGUCUUCGAACAUUAAUCCAUAGCAAUGGUCAGGAGAUGAUGAGACUUGAUUUUCAUGGAGGGAUAGGAUACUUCUGCCAUGCGAUUCUCGAGAUUCACAGACUUGAUGGUUCCACUGAACCGCAACAUCAAACGAUUGAUUUGAAGUUUUUAUCGAUGGAUGAUGUGAAGAGGUUUAUAGAAGACUAUCUCGCGGCGAGAGUGGCAUGCGGUUUUGGAGUUGUGCAAGAUACUAAUGCUGAUUUCUAUCAAGCGAUGAAUGCUUGCUUCCCUGAUAACCAGUCGCCUUUGUUCGUGCAACCGCUCGAUGAAGUUCCAAUGCCUCAGGCUAUAGUGCGUGAUGAUCACCAAGCCCUUAAUGUUCCAUCUGUGCCGCAGUAUGUUGGAUUGAGAGAUGAACCUCCAGUGUCCAAAGGAAAGAAACGGAGAAAAACCCCUCUUGCAAUACAGAGAGAACGGACUGGUAAACUAAAACUAAAAGAUAUAAGUAUGCACUUCCAUCUCCCGAUUCAAGAAGCUGCUAGAAGGAUGAGUCUAUGUCCCACAGUGGUUAAGAAGAUAUGUAGAAGGGGCGGACUCUAUCGUUGGCCCCAUCGGAAGAUCAAGAGUCUCCUGAGGAAAAUCUCGUCAUUGAAAAGCAUGUUAGAGACGACAAAGAGUGCACAAGAAAAAACCCGCGUUGAAACAGAGAUCGAGAGACUCGAGAAGCAGAUUAAUGAGAUCUGUAGUGAAGCACUCAAAAACGCUUAA